CGCCAACAUGGCGUCUGAACGCAAGACUAAGUUAUCCAAGAACCUGCUGCGCAUGAAGUUCAUGCAAAGGGGCCUGGACUCGGAAACCAAGAAACAGCUAGAAGAGGAGGAAAAGAAGAUGAUCAGCGACGAGCACUGGUACCUGGAUUUGCCAGAGUUCAAGGAGAAAGAGAGUUUGAUUAUAGAAGAGCAGAGCUUCUCGCUGUGUGAAGAUCUUCUCUAUGGGAGGAUGUCAUUCAGAGGAUUUAAUCCCGAAGUUGAGUGUCUUUUUCAGAAGUUGAUGCUUCAGAUGAAUUCCAAGAACAAAGCAGCAGCAGAAGACAACGACGAGACCGUGGAGGUCGAUGUGUCGGAUGAGGAAAUGGCCAGAAGAUAUGAGACUUUGGUGGGAACAAUUGGAAAAAAGUUUGCCAAGAAGAGGGACCGAGCCAAUUACGAAGAAGAUGAAAAUGGAAAUAUAAAACCCAUUAAAGCAAAGAAGAUGUUCUUAAAGCCCCAGGAUUAAAAUGGAUGCCUCCGAUACAGCAGAUGCCUGUGAGAACAGUGUGGUUUGCAGUCACCCUUGUGGCAUCUGUAGUGGUUAAUACUCCAGUGUCUACCUGUAAAGAAAUGCGUAAUUUUGGAGACGUGCUGUUCUUGAGACAGAUGUGUACUGGAUGUUAUACAUCCUUUUGAUGGCAUUCUUCAGGGUCUUCACAUGUAUGGGCACAUGCCACUCCCUAGGUUUUGACCUGAUUUUGAUUGUGUGUAUGUACACACAGACAGGACACAUAUGAACAGCUCUCUGGCUAUUGUCCUGGAUUGACUGUUAUGAACUAAUAUCGCAUAGUUCCAACUGCCCUUAUAUUUAUAGUUUACUUUUUGAAUCAUGUCAAGCCAAUUCAUACAUUCACUUUGGACCCAAAUAUUUGGGAACUUUCCAGAAGUGAUUGAGCAGGAGAUCUGCCUCUCCAGCUGAAAUGUCUGCUGCCAGGUUUUCUCAUCUAUAGGGCUAUAGGUUUUGUUUAUUUAAAGCAGUCACUUGGGUCAUUUUUCUAAUAUUCUGUAAUAAACAUCUGUUUUCUUAUACUUUUCUCUUUUUUUUACACUUUGAAACAAUUUUAUUCCUACUUAGUGAUACAGCCUUAUACAAAUAAUAACAUAAAGACUAGCCAUGAAUUGAGAAUGUACUGAUGUAAGAUUGAAUCACAAAAGGUUUCCUUGUGUCCAUCAAGAGCAAUUACCAGUUUCUCAGGAGACAGCGUGGUAGAAUUUAGCACUCACUAGAGCCUGUUCUAAGUACAUCAGCACAUGGAAUUGUCUGACUGUCUGCCUGUCUGUCUGCGUGGAGAUACGUGCUGAGGACUUGUCUUUCUCUGGAUCUCUGUGGGCUCUGUGAGUUAUGUGUUGACUUUGCUACCCAGUCAAGAAUUCUCAGGUAGGCCUGUGACCAAAGAGACAAAGUGAGACUCCUAGGAAAUGAUCCUGCACCAGCUGGGACUCCGCUUACUUUUGAAGAUACUUUUUGUACCACAGACAUUUGCAGUUUAUUAAGGAGAAAUAA